AUGGCUUCAAGUCUUCAGUCUUGGUUACUCGGUUCAAGUUUUAUUCUGACUUGUCUGCUGAAGUUGUCAACCGCUUCGCCCCCCUUGUCAAUCUACGCCGACUCGGAGUUACCAAGUGUCAGCGCUGUCGGCCGUAGACCAGAGGGCAGUUCCAUUCCAUUCGAAGCUCUUUCGAUAUUCGAUCGUCAGCCCGAUUCAAAAAGGCAAAAGACAACCAUCGACUUCUUUGGUGAUUUAGGAGACCUAGGUGAUGGAUUGCACACAGGGUUCGGAACGCCAGGCAAUCACGUCGCUCAAUUGGAUGCUCCGAUUGAAUCUGUAGGCGCAGCUGGCUCAAACCUAUCUCGUGAAUGGAGAGGAUCACCGGUGCCCCAUUCUUCCAUCGAUAAGUCAGAACACAACACAGUGAGCCAAGUCGUUCGAAGCUCCGCCGGGACACCAGGGGACUUCGAAAUCAGGAUUCUCAAUGCCCAAUGGGCCCACAUUUUGGCACUGACCAGAAAAACCAUUAGAAAGCAAGAUAAUCCGCCAGACAUGACGAAAAUAAUGCAACGGCUCGAUAAAGAAAUACGUUUGGUGCAGUCUGCGCUACGACAUGGAAUCGUUGAAGAGAAAUUUGAGUUAAAGGGUCUACCAAUCACAGUUAUGAUAGUUCGUCAUCGUUCAACUCACCGAAACCCCCGUCGUUUGCUUAUUAAAUUGGAUGGACUCCGCCCCGACGCCGGAUCGAGCCACCGAAGAUUAGAGGAUACGAAGAAUCGGAUGGCGAACAUUCUGGAAGCGUUGGAGUAUUUUCACCGGCUAGCCCGUGAACAGGGGGUAGACGAAAAGAUCUUUGGUCCACAAAUCAAGAAUAUCGAUACCGACUUGAAUCAAUGGUUUUCUGAUAUUCUGUUUGAAAAAACUGAAGAUAGCUACCCACUUUUUGGUCGUUUCAGUGACGAGUUCAUAUCGAAAACUUCGCCUGAAGCCUCGUUCGGUAGUGUCCAGAAAGCGAUCUCCAAAGUACUGAUGUACUGGAAAAGACCGAAAGUUGAGAAGAUAUACGAAGUAGCCCUUUCCUUGUUAGGAUAUUGGUACGAAAUCAAUGCGUCAAAACUCGGCAGAGACUACCUCAAGAAUAAUCCCGAAAACUACUGGAGCCUUAUGGCCCAACUAGUUGUGGAGAAAGCUCCCCGAGACGGUCGUAUCUCUAGAGAGUACGAUCAAGGGGAAGACUUUUUUACCACCAAUCUGAAAAGGUACAUGAUCGGAAAGCAAACUCGCCAGAAGUGGGACUGGGAUGCCUUGUUUGAGUUGGUCGACUCCCGCCAAGUCGGAUCAAGUAUGACCAAAGAUAUCAGGGACCGGAUUGAAGCAAAAACCAAAAGCUCUGGAAUAUCGCGCAAACCAAAAGUCAAAGAAUUUGAAACCCCGAUAGCAGGUCUGCCAAUUUACCUGAUUCGAGCCUUGCAACCUAAACAUGGCCCGAGAAUGCAGAAGGUUAGAAUUAUAUUAAGUCAGUCAAAGCAGUGGAGAAGGCGAAGAGCCAAUCAACUUAGCCUCCUUCAACGUCGGAUCUUCUUGAUCUACGACUCACUCGACAUUUUACACAAGAUUGCUAGCGAGCAGGAAAUUGACACUAAACUCUUAGGAUCUAGCGUGACGGACACUCAAGAGAAGCUAAUGAACUGGUUUCUUGAGGUUUUAUUUAUUCAUACUGAGGACAGUUUGCCAAUUUUCGGCACAGUUCGCAUUCCAUUUCCAACUGCUCAGCCGCCGGCAGAAUUAUUUGGCGCUGCUCAGAAAUACUUAUCAAUAAUGUUAACCAGUCCCGGAAAAAUAACAAGAACUCAUACAAAUGACAUUGCAUUCUUACUCUUAGGAUUCUGGUAUGAAGAGGUUGCUUCAAAACAUGGCAAAGAAGUACUUGGUCUUGAUGCACCACAUUCCUAUUGGAAGUGUAUGAAUCAAUUAAGUCAGAAAAUUAAAACCGGAUUACCUUAA